CCCUGGUCUCCUUCGUCGGUAUUUGGUACCGGCAUUUUGUCUUAACUCUUUAAAAUGAAAUUUUUAUUAAAAAACACUUCCGUUUAAUUGAUUUUACACCUUAAAUUAACACUUUAUAUUUGACAACUAAACGUCAAAAGUUUGCACGUUUGACAGAUAAACAUAUGGGCCGCAUGCGCGAAUCGCGAUCACUUUUUGUAAUUGAAUAGGCGUAGGUGCUUUAAUUUAGAUUAGGGUUUAAUUAUUGCAAUUAAUUCGUGUUUAAAAUAUAUUUAGGCGAUUCAUUUUAAUUUACCAGUUUUUGGGUGGGUCAAUGAACCUUUGGUGAUAAUUUUGUUUGUAAAGCAAUUUAAGGAUAGUAAACAACCUUUAUACUCUGUGGCACAAUUCAUUGUGCUCUGUGGUAAACAAUACACAAAAGAUUUAUUUCUUUAUAAUCUGUGGUAAACAAUACACAAAAUCUUUAUUUCUUUGUAAUCUGUGCACAAAAUGGUGCUGGAAACAUCAAAAUCGGUGGUUGUUACUAAAUUUGGUGGAUAUGAAAGCAUACAGAUUAAAGAAUUUGACCUACCUUCGCUGGAAGGCACAAUAGAAGUCAAGGUAUCUUAUGGAGGACUUAAUUUCGCCGAUUUAUACACCAGACAAGGCCUAAUGAUGGACAAAAAACUGCCUUUCGUGCUAGGAAUGGAGUGUUCAGGCAUCAUAACCGCUAUUGGAGCGGAAAACACGGAUUUUAAGGUCGGUCAACAAGUGGUUUGCUACGAUCAUCAGGGCGGCAUGUUCAGGGAGAAAAUUAGAGUGCCACCUCGACACGUUUUUGCCGUACCCGACGAUCUAGAUGGCGAUGUUGCCGCUUCUUUGUUCGUCAAUUAUUUGACGGCGUAUUUUGCGGUGUUGCAGACCGGGAAUUUGAGGGAGAAUGAGCAGGUUUUGAUUAUGUCUUGCGCAGGUGGCUUAGGUUGGGCGGCUACGCAACUGUCAAAAACAGUGAAGGGGGUGAAAAUAAUUGGAACAGGUUCGGAUUUUAAGGCCAAAUUCGCCAUGGAAAAUGGGGUGGAUAUUUUUAUCGACAAAAAUAAUGUAGGGGAAUAUAAAUAUGAUUUGAUUUUGUGCACAGAAUCAGGCCCCAUUUUGGAAACCUUGCAAAACCUAUUAAACCCGUUGGGUAGAAUUGUUAUGUUGGGGGCUAAUAAUAUAAUUCAAAAUGAAAAUAAAUUAUCGACAUUAUCUCUGUUGAAAUUGUGGUGGACCACUAAAACAAUUUCACCUGAGAGUUUAAUAAUGAAUAAUAGGACUUGUUCUGGACUCCAUUUGGGGACUUUAAUGGAAUUGGAGCCCCAAAAAGUGGACUUGGCAUUAAAGAAAAUACUGGGAAUGCUAAAUGAUGGCAAAAUUAACCCUAGAAUUCACUGUACUUACCCGUUGGAAGAAAUUGUGAGUGCUACUAAAGACUUGGCUAAUAGAAAAAAUAUUGGAAAAGUAUUGUUAAAAUUUUAAUAAUAAUAAAAAACUUUUUAUAGCAAUGUUUUAUUUAUGUAUAAAUAGUUAAAAUAAUACUAUAUGUUAUACAACAAAUACAAAUAAUUAUAUUGGCCUUAAUAAAAAACAAUCCACUGUAUACAAAUAGGAAAAAAACACAUAAAAAUGCACAAUUUCGGAAUAUAAAGCAUAACACUUGGCUUGUUAAUAAAUGCAUUAAAAAUUAAAUGAAAAAAUAAAUAAUAUAAUGAAACAUAGUAACUUUUACAUAAUUCGUAGUUAAUAAAAUCACUAGAACGGGGUGAUAGUCCACAACUUCGUGUUGCAAUCCUGACCCACAGACACCAAGGUCGUAUUGUCAACCCACGACAAUCUAGUAAUUUGACUUUGAGCGUGCGCAUCUGUAA